AUCGCAUCGGCCUCCGUAUAAGUAGCGGUGCCGAGCCGCGCAAAGCGGAGGCAUCGAUCCAUCGCUAGCUUAUCUCAAUCUCGCCACGAGGAAAUAAAGCCUAGCGCAUAUUAGCCGUUGGUUGGUUUAGUAUACGUACGUAGGGUAGCUUAGCUUAGAGCACGUACGUACGCAUCGAUGGCGCAGCAGGCGGAGAAGGCGGCGGAGCUGCAGGACCCGGAGAUCCGGGCGGAGCUGGACCGGCGCGCCCGCGACGACGGCAAGACCGUCAUCAAGAGCGGCACCGGCGGCAAGAGCCUCGACGCCCAGGAGCGCCUCGCCGAAGGGCGUAAGAAGGGAGGGCUGAGCCGCACGACGGAGUCCGGCAAGGAGCGCGCCGACGACGACACCGGCGCCGUGCUCAUCGAGCCCGACGACAAGAUGCUCAAGGAGGCCAAAAAGAACCUGGGCCGCAAGUGAGACGUACGUGCACUAGCGUGCUGGUGUGUUGUGGUUGCUCGAUCAUAUAGUAGUGUACUAGUGUGUGCAUUUCCUUGGUGUAUCCAUGUGCAUGCAUGCAUGGCAGGCGUACGUAUUAGUAUUACUCUACGUGACGUGUAAGCUAUGCUGGCUACAAAAUUUUGGUCCCUGCAGGAUUAUAUUGUAGCCAUAUGUAUGUUAGUAUGUAUGUACGUGUUCUUCACGUACUGCCCUAGCUACUAGCAAGUCGAUCUAGCUAUAUCGUGUGUGUGUACGUAUAUUGUGAUCGAUGUACGAAGCUGCUGCUUUCUACAUCCUGGCUACAAAUGUAAUUGUGUUUGUGUGUCUCCGUACGCUACGUUUCUGUGUGUCUGUAGCCAUGCAUUGUCCUCUUCAAGGCUCCAAUGUUAUAUAACAAUAAGUGGUUGAUUUCUACUGAUGAAA